AUGCUGGGCCGCUUUUUGAUGGUUGUGCUGUUGGUCCAAACCAUUACUGGAUUUGGUUUGGCGGCAACGACCAAGAGUCACAUUGUCAAACUUGUUUCAUACAUUCUGUGCUGCGCCAGCAUCUUUUGUGUCGCCCAAGCAUGGAGGUACGCUUUUUGGAGAGACAUUCCCAAGCACAAGCAUUGGGCCAUUCGUUUGGUGGGGUACAUGCAAACCAUUGCCCUCCAACGAUUUUGGAUUGGAAUGCUCAUUAUGUCACAUUCCAUGGGAUGGGAUGGACUGUAUCCAUUGCUGGACGACGACUCGACGAAUGAGGAAUGGAUCCAAAUGACCGAGCAAAUGUUUGACGAUUCCUUUGUCCUUUCGAUUACCACUGCCUUUUUGUUCACCGAAUGGUAUCUUGCCGCCGAACAAGGCAUGACGGAACCACCUGCUGAUAAUCGAAACAAUAAAGGAGGAGGAGGAGGAGGAGGAGGAGAAGAAGAAAAAGAUCAGAAUGAUACAAGUAUGCGUGCCGAAAAGGAGGACGAGGACGAGGUCGUCAUCGAUCAAGUGGUGGAUCGUGCCUUUAAUGGCGGCAAAGAAGAGGCAGAGAAAGAAGGUGAAAUGACAACUACGCAGUCGGAUUCCGGCUCUAGAGAGGUGCACUGA